AUGUCUAGGGGAGACAAGAAGGAAGAGGAUGGGGAAGAGGUGAGCAAUAAGCCUCCCAUAUACAAGGAGGAAGGGGAGUGUGUCAAGGCAGCUAUUAAGGAGUUAACUGUGUUGACUGAAGAGAUCGUAGGGGAUACUACCGACCUAGUAGAAGAGGAUAAGGGAGUUGAGGUGCCCAAGGAGGCUACUACAGAUGCUGAUCUAUCAAAGCAGAUCGAAAAGACG